AUGCGAAGCCUGUCUCUGUUCAGGUCUUCGUGCGCUUGUAUCCCUCAGUCCUCAGAAUUCACUAUCACUGCUUGCGCUGUUGAUCUUGACGAGAAAGUGCUCUAUGUCGUAGCCGAGGGGCCUUCCGUUAUUGAGGUCUGGAAGUGUGCAGACGAAGGAGAUGAUCCUCAACGAAUAGCAACCUAUGCAGUCCCCGCAUCGGUCUCAACCAAUCCGUGGUCUACCAAACCCGGUUAUAGCUCUGUCGUUGCGGAAGUCCUGAGCCUUCGAGUCUUGCCUGACACCCAUACUCUGGCAUUCAUUACCCGGUCAGGAGACAUCAUAACUCUUCCACUGGAUGAGGAGGACGCUCAGGUUCGUCCUGACGUCGUUGGCACUGUCGAAUCCGGCAUUCUUUCGUCGACAUGGAGUCCAGACGAUGCACUACUCGUGCUCGUAACAGGCGAUGAAAAAUUAAUUUUGAUGACCUCAACAUUCGACGUCCUCAACGAGGGACCGCUACAUCCAAAGGAGUUCGGGGAAGACGCUCCGAUCGCUGUUGGCUGGGGCGCAAAGCACACCCAGUUCCACGGCUCUCUCGGAAAGAUCGCUGCCCAAGCUGCCCUCGAUCUGGCUGCUGUGGGAUCCAGCCCUGAUGACGAUGGAACCCCCCGCGUCAGCUGGCGUGGAGACGGCGCAGUCUUCACCGUAUCCGCAGUUCUCCCAGAGACAACUCGACCACGCCGCGUCCUGCGGGUCUACUCACGCGAGGGUGUGCUCUCGAAUACCGGCGAGCCCGUCGCAGGGCUCGAGCAUACGCUCGCAUGGCGGCCGUCAGGCAAUUUGAUCGCGAGCACACAACGCUUCGGCGCUGCAGACGGGCUUGGCAAAGGACGCGAAGGCCGGCAUGACGUCGUGUUCUUCGAGCGCAACGGGCUACGGCAUGGUGAGUUUGGCUUGCGGGAAUGGAAGGACGCGACGGCGCAGCCCGCAGCUGGGAGUACGAAGCCCUGGGGUUACAGAGUGAAGGAGGUCGCUUGGAGCGCUGACUCGAAUGUUUUGAGCGUGUGGAUUGAGAACGAGACGAGGGACAUCGUGCAGCUUUGGACAACUGGAAACUACCAUUGGUAUCUGAAGCAGGAGAUCGUCGCACCUAACACUCCUUCAGGGGACCCGGGCCGCUUCACCACUGUCAACUGGCACCCUGAAGAUCCCUUCAAGCUCAUUCUCACGACGCCCGCUAUAAUCAUCCACCGUACGUAUGCCUGGGAGACGUACAGAUCUCGCACUAGGGCGCCUGUGGAUACGGGAUCAGUCGCCGUAUUUGACGGAGAAAGUAUCCUACUUACCCCAUUCCGCACCCAAAAUGUGCCGCCUCCAAUGGCUUCCCAUAUAUUCACGUUACCCUCUUCAUCUACGCCCACGUCCGAAGUCAAAGUCGCUCGCAACGGGGUACCAAUCCAUGCCUCGUUCUCUCCCUCCCGUGACCUUCUUGCCGUGCUGCAGGAAUCAGGUUAUAUCCAGCUGUUUGACUUGCACACACGUAUUGGCCCAGGUCGAGGGAAAGUCAUGGAACCCACCAUCGUCUGGGAAGGAUCCGCUGCCGUCGAAGCAGACCUAUCUUCAGCGACUCCACAAAGUCACCGCCAGAUAGCUGUCUUGCAGAAGGGUGGAGACGAUGGUGCCGAGUCGGAUACUGUCCUUCUUGCUGUGCUUGCAUCUCGCUUGCAAGAAGAUGCACAUGACGUGAUCUGCGUCGUCCUCCUAAAUGCGGAUGGAGUCGUUGGAAAGUACCGAAUGGUCAUGCCUAGUAGCAACGGGAGAUUGCUUGCAGCGGAUCAGGACAUCGUAUGGCAAGCCUUUGACGGUCAGAUUUCCGUUGUCGAACAAGAGUCGCGUGAACUGUUGCCUCGGGCUCAGUUACCCGAGUUCUGCUUUACAGCCGAGAUAUUCAGCAUCAAUAAUCACAAGAGUCACGCUGCAGAUGCGUCACAGGUGCUUUAUGCUGGACUCUCAUUCGGCGGAAAACUACACGUUACCAUGGAGGGCGGGGUCUCCCGUACAAUAGCAAACAAUGUCACAUCAUUCACCAUAGCCUCCAACUUCCUCAUUUUCACAACAUCGGCGCACGUCUCUCAUUAUGCACCCCUUCGCACACUCGCGGAAUACUUUAACAUGCCAUCUUCCGACGUUCCGGAGGCUCCUCUUCCGGAAUGGGAGACGCGACGGGUCGAGAGAGGGUCUCGAAUAGUCACGGUGGUGCCCAGUGCAAUGAAUCUCGUGCUACAAAUGCCGCGCGGAAACCUGGAGACCAUCAAUCCGAGGCCUCUCGUUAUGGAGAUUGUUCGACAAGACGUCGACAAGGGGGAUUACAACAAAGCGUUCCUUGCAUGCCGGAAACACCGGAUCGAUCUCAAUGUGCUUGUGGAGCACAAUCCGACUGUCUUCAAGAAUCGGCUAGAAGCUUUCGUCAACCAAGUAAAUGACGUGGAUUACAUCAAUAUCUUCUUAACCAGCCUCGGACAAGGCUCUCUUCCUGCAGAGCUCGUUGCGGAAUUGUGCGAUGGGAUUCGCGCGGUGCUGGAGACCAAAGACCUCAAGAAAUACAUCAACUCUAUUCUGACGGCGCAUGUUGUGAAGAAACGCCCUGAUCAUGAGGCUGGUCUUGCACUACUGUUGCGCUUACGAGACACUGAACCACAAUUGGUAGAAGAUGCUGUGAAGUACAUCAUCUUCCUCGUCGAUGCAGACAGGCUCUUCGACACAGCACUAGGAAUGUACGACUUCUCGUUGGUUCUCAUGAUCGCGCAGCAUGCCCAGAAGGAUCCUCGAGAAUAUCUACCAUUCCUUCGCGAGCUUCGAGCCCUAGAUCAAUACUACCAGAGGUUCCGUAUAGACGAUCAUCUCAAACGAUACGAGAAGGCACUGAGGAAUCUCAGCCAAGCUGGAGAAGAACGAUUUGAUGAAGCCAUGUUGUAUGUUGAGAAGCACAAGUUGUACGAUUAUGCCCUGGCGAUCUGGCAGGCAACGCACCGUUACCAGUCUGUCCUUGACAUUUACGGUGAUUGGCUCUUCGAGCGUAGGCAGUUCAGAGAGGCGGCGUUCGUGUUCCGCCAGGCUUACAAACCGCAGAAGUCCAUGGUCGCCCAUGAGAAGGCACUUGAUUGGCAAGAGCUAUUCGAAUUGGCAUUGCAGGAAAACACACCACCAGAUGACCUCGUUCGCAUGGCACAUCGAGUCGCAGAGGACCUAUCCUCGAGGAAGCGUUAUGUAGAGGCGGCACGAAUACUGCUGGACUAUACAGACGACGUAAGGGAAGCUAUCAAAGCGCUUGUAGAAGGCAGCCAGUUCUCGGAAGCACGCCGUAUUAUUGUUACGAACUCCAAAUUAUAUCUCCUAGAGGAUGUAGUCUAUCCAGGUGCACUAGAAUGCCGUGCUCUAAUCGCAGAAGAGCUGAACGAGAUGAGGGAGCAAUUACGGAAGCAGCGAACUCGUGUACGCGAACUACGCGUGCGAAAGGUUGAGGAACCAGAUGCCUUCUACGGGAUGGAAGACACCGACUUGCCCAACGUCGACGUCAUGACGGAUGUGUCCAUGGCACCAACAGCAUUCACUCGCUAUACUCAGGCUCCUUCUUCUAUGUCAAGAACGUCCUCCAAACGCAGUUCACGAUCAAAACGGAAGCUCGAACGGAAGGUCGGCUCUGGGAGGAAGGGCACAGUGGACGAAGAGGAGUACUUACUAAAGUCAUUAACGAAGCUUGUGGGGCGCUUCAACAACACUCAAGCCGACGCUGCAAAUCUGUUGCCACAUCUACUCCAGUUUACUGAGGAACAUCAAGUUGAAGGUCGCUCGCUGCAGGAGGAGCUAAAAGAUUUUGAGGCUGAAGUCAAGGCAGCAGUAGAAGAUAUCUGGACAAAAUCAUCCGCGGAAGGCCAAGAGAACACAGAACCGGCCGACAGCUGGGUUGUUAGGAUGCAGGAGUACGAAAAGCAGCGUCAGACCGACCCCCUGGACAAAGUCACGAAACCUGAGGUUAUAAAACAGCAGUGGACGUUGCGCCUGCCUGUGGAUACACCAUAAGGAUGAUGACAAAAGAAAUCUGUAUUGUUACAUGUGUUCUUCGCUACAGAUGAUUUGUAUCGAUACAUCCUCGAGUUUAGUGUGAUAUAUCUAGAAUAAGAGAGAAUUUACAGUUUC